AUGGCCCCGGCGCAGCAGGCAGACUGGCGCAAACCGCCCAGCGCGGCCGACCUGGAGCGUCGAAACACCGUCGGCAUCCACAAGGAGACGGUCACGGAUGUCACCUCCAUCGACUACCCCGGCCACGUCCCCGGCGAGGACAUGGCCUUCACCAUUGAGCGCUUCCAGUCGGCCUUUUCCGUAAACUUCCACCGCAACGACGCCGCCCACGCCUCCUUCUCCCUCGUCGGCCUCGACGCCUCGCUCGCAAACGCCUUCCGCCGCAUCCUCCUGGCCGAGAUCCCCACGCUCGCCGUCGAGAACGUCUACAUCGAGAACAACACCUCGGUCAUCCAAGACGAGGUCCUCGCCCACCGCCUCGGCCUCAUCCCCUUUGACGGCGGCCGCGAGGGCCUCCACAGCUUCCUCAAGUGGCACAAGAAGCCCGGCCCUGGCGAGGACCCCUACGCAAACUGCUUCGACUGGAACACGGUGCGCCUCGAGCUCAACAUCACUUGCUCCCACAACAAGGACGCCGCCCCGGAUGAGAGGGACCCGGCCCACGCCUUCCACAACGCAAACGUCUACGCCCGCGACAUUGUCUUUGUGCCCACGGGCAAGCAGGCCGACUACUUUUCCGGUGACGACGCCAUCCGGCCCGUCAACCCGGACAUUCUCAUUGCCAAGCUGCGCCCGCGCCAGACCAUCAACCUGUCCAUGCACAUGCACAAAGGCAUCGGCGCAGACCACGCAAAGUUCUCGCCCGUCGCCACCGCCUCGUACCGCCUCAUGCCCACCAUCACCAUCACAAAACCCAUCCUCGGCCCCGACGCCGAAAAGUUUGCCCGCUGCUUCCCCGAGGGCGUCAUCGGCCUCACAAAGGUGUCCAAGAAGGAGGCCGCCCAGGUCGGCACCGCCUACGAGGGCCGCGCCGGCGACGCCAAGGCCGUCGUCGUGGACCCCAUGAAGGACACGGUCAGCAGGGAGUGCCUGCGGCACGCCGAGUUUGAAGGCAAGGUCAAGCUGGGCCGCAGGAGAGACCACUUCAUCUUCUCCAUCGAGAGUACCGGGCAGUGGGACAGUGACGAGCUCUUCCUCGAGGCUGUCAAGCACCUCAAGCUCAAGUCUCAGAAGCUUGAGCAGCAGGUCAUCAACAUGACGCGGUGA